AGAUCAGAACCACUAAAGACACUAAUGGAACAGAAAUGGAAAAAAAUGAUAGUGAUAUAAUGUACAGUGAUGAAGAGUCCUCCUCCAUCCCCCCUACGAACGUUUUCUCUGAGACUUCUCUUUCGCAACAAUCUCAUACAGAUACUACCAAAGUGGAUUCAUCUUUGGCAUUGGCAAAAGAAGUAGGGGACAUGUCUGCUUCUUCCGCAAUUUGUAAUAAUGAAUCGCAAGAUCUUGAUACGCAACUUGAAACUGAUACUUCAUUUUCCGAGUUCGACCUAGUAAAGUUCGAUGAAGGGUACUCUAAAUUAGAUCCAAAUUGCAUGUGGACGCUUGAAAGUGGUCGAAAAGUGGAAGAAGUAAUCUAUGAGUUUGCUAGAAAUUUGCCUGGAGAGACAUGCCUGCAUUCAUUUAUAAUAAAUGAUGCUCAUGCUGAUGUUAAAUCUUUAUUUUCCGAAGCCGAAUGGGAAGAAAUUACUGCUUUGGAUGUUAAGGAAAAUCCAAAACUCGAACGCUCUCAUCGGGAAUUAAUGAUAAAAUACACAGUUAAAAGUGUCAAGGAAUUGCGGGAAAUUAUCUAUGAUCCGUUUAUACCAGAUGGUAAUAAAUAUGAUAAAAGUCUUCAUCAUGAUCUCGAUUUUAUUAAUCAUGCGUACCGGAGUAUGUUGUUUUUAUGGGAUCGGGAGGAGAAUCCUUUUGAUUCUUCGAAGAUAGAGGGAUGGUAUGAAAUGAACGUUUGGAGCAACUUGAUCGAUCCGACAUUUCACGAUAUUUACAUUGAUUUAGCGCGUGGUGAGGGUAUGAGCUGUGCUUCAAGUGAUAGAAAGAAUAUUAUAAGAACGAUCAAUGAUCGAAAGAAGAUCGGCCGAAAAGGGGAUGGAGUUUUUAGGUUGCGUGGGUAUCGCCUGGAAUUUGGUGCCAUAGAGGCAGGUCGUAAAUGGGAAGGACAGAGCGGGACUAAAUACUUGAAUGAUUCCUUAAAACUAAAUAAAAUGAUGAAAGACAUGAUUGCACAGCUCACUACUAUAUGUGAUAGGAGAGAAGACCUUGUUAGGAAAUUGGAAGUUAUCGGGAUUCUUCAUGGAGCCAAUAGAAUUCAAUUAAUCACGAUGGAUUGUCCAAAAGGAUAUAUUUCUCGUGUCAAACAUAGGAAGUUCUAUGAAGUUUCCGGACGCCUAACUAAAUCCAAUCCACUUGCUUUGGUCUUGAAGGAAAUAUUAUGCGCGAAAACUAUUAUUCUACGGACAUUAGACUUGAUAAACCAAAAAGAUGACGUUGAUCUUGAAAAUUUCCUUAAUGACUCUGAUGAACAGGACGGGUAUCGUACGCCUCCUCCCAAAGUUAAUAUAGCUCCUACUUUCGAGACUCAGAAGACAGCGAAAACCAAAGAUGUGAUCAAUAAAAAAAAAUGAGAUGCUAUUGUGUACGUAGUUAUUAGCUUAUAGGACUUUUGUGAUCUAGUCACACGCAAAACAAUUAUACUUAGUGCAUGUAAUCAAGAUUAAUAAAUAUUAAUAAAGCAUUUAUUU